CAAACAAACCGCGGGGGAAAGUGUUUUCGUGUUUCGUGUUGCAGCGACGAUGUCUUCACUCUCAGCAAGCGCUGAAAAUUUGUCCAGCGAUCAGAACAAUGAUGGUUCGUCGAUGUGUCUGGAGCUGGCGCUCGAGGGCGAACGUCUCUGCAAGUCGGGCGAUUGCCGGGCGGGUGUGGCCUUUUUCCAGGCGGCGAUCCAGGCCGGAACUGAUGAUCUGCGGACGCUCAGCGCAAUCUAUAGCCAGCUCGGCAAUGCGUACUUCUACUUGGGCGACUACGCCAAGGCGAUGCAAUACCACAAGCACGAUCUGACGCUGGCCCGAUCCAUGAACGAUAAGCUGGGCGAAGCAAAGUCUUCCGGCAACCUGGGCAACACGCUCAAGGUGAUGGGCCGCUUCGAUGAGGCGGCCAUCUUUUGCCAGCGACACCUGGCGAUCGCGCAGUCGCUCGGCGACCGACUGUCCGAGGGCCGGGCGCUGUACAACCUUGGCAACGUGUACCACGCCAAGGGCAAGCAGCUCGGCCAAAAAGAUCCGGGUGAUUUCUCCGACGAGGUAAAGGAAUCGCUCCUGAAGGCGGUGGAGUACUAUCAGCAGAACCUCGCCCUGAUGAAGCAGCUGGGCGAUCGGGGCGCCCAGGGGCGGGCGUGCGGUAAUCUCGGCAACACCUACUAUCUACUCGGCAACUUCGAGACGGCCAUCGAGCACCACCAGGAACGGCUGCGAAUAGCGCGCGAGUUCGGUGAUAAGGCCGCGGAGCGGCGUGCGAACAGCAAUCUCGGCAACUCUCACAUCUUUCUCGGCCAGUUCGAACAGGCGGCCAACCACUACAAACGCACACUGUCGCUCGCGAUCGAGCUGGGGGAGCGGGCCGUCGAGGCACAGGCUUGCUACAGUCUGGGCAACACCUACACGCUCCUGCGCGACUUCCCCACCGCCAUCGACUACCAUCAGCGGCACCUGGCGAUCGCGCAGGAAUUGGGCGACCGUAUCGGUGAGGCACGAGCCUGCUGGAGCCUUGGCAAUGCCCACUCGUCGAUUGGCAACCACGAAAAAGCGCUCCACUACGCCAACUCGCACUAUCUGCUGGCGAGGGAACUGGGCGAUGUGGUCGGUGAAGGUACGGCCCGCAUGAACAUUGCCGAUCUGCGCAAGAUCCUCGGCCUACCGGAGCUACCGGCGCUGACCACCGGCGACGGAGUCCCGUCGGUCGAUGGGUGCGACGAGGUUCUUGGGGCGCGUAUCGCGAAUCUCGUUUCCGGCGAGGGCCUGCUCCAGGACCAACCUUCGUCACAGUCACAACAGCACCAGGCAGCAUCGAAGGCCCAAGCCCUGGCCGCCAGCAAACAUCAUCAACACCGUUUGCGGCGCGAAAGCAUGGAGCAACUAGAUCUAAUUAAGCUGACACCGGAUGGUAAAAAGCUGCACGCCCAAAACCAACAGCAACACGGUGCCAGCGUGCAGGAGAAUCGCGAAUCGGGUGCGCAGACACAAGCGGUGCCGGCGGCGACGACCGGAGCGGUGGUGUCACAGGCGAAGGUGCCCAAAAAGCAUGAAAAUAGCUUCAAAAACAACGACGAAGAUUUCUUCGAUUUAUUGACACGAUCGCAGAGCAAGCGUAUGGACGAUCAGCGCUGUACGCUAAAGCUGACGCAUGCAGAAAGCGUUGAUUCCGCGCGGAAACCUCUGUCGCAGCACAACAGCAACCCGCCGGCGGCCGGAAAAGAGAACCGUAACGUGCUGCUUGAGAUGAUUGCACACUUUCAAUCGGAAAGAAUGGAUGAACAGCGAGCCCUGCUACCCGGGUUGAAGCGAAUAACGCUCAACAACGCAACCAAUGCCAGCAACACCAUAAACCGUCCAACGAACAACGAGCCGGGCGCGGUGUCAACCCCACCGGAGGAUACGAUCGGAACACCACCGGACGAUGCAUUCCUCGAUAUGCUGAUGAGGUGUCAAGGUUCGCGAAUCGAAGAGCAACGCUCGGAGUUGCCCACACCCAACAUAACACUUGACGCAGAGGCGAACGAUUCCCGUGGGGUAGCACCGGCCGCGGUCACCUCGAACAGUGGAGCCACCGUUCCGGAUGAAGACUUUUUCUCGCUCAUCAUGCGUUUACAGGGUGGCCGCAUGGAGGAUCAGCGAGCGACCGUGCCGCAGAACAAUCAGCUCAACCGUAGCGCCAGUCAGCCGGCCAACCAUACCAAUCACGGCAACAUUCAUAGCACCAGUGGCAGUUCGUCCACCGGAAGCAAUGUAAGUGCCAGCAGCAACAAUGUCCCGAACGGACAAAACAACAACAGUGGCGGCCAUAGCGGUGGUAAGAGUCUGAAAUGAUUUUACUCCUUCGAUCGCUAGUGACGGAGCGCGGCCAAGAACGUUCCACGCGCAUGGUCACUGGCGGUUGAAGAGCAUUUCUGGGGCAUUGCGGGCCGAACCGAGAGCAUGCGAGAGACAGUUUGGGGAUUUUGGGAUGCGUAGAAAAUAGGUUGGUCAUUAAGAUAGGAUCCAUUUUCGUUGCCGUACACAUUGCACCGCAGCCACACGAUUUCAUAUCAUUAAAUGUCACUGGAUAUCGAUUGUAUUUUUCUCUCUAUUGUAUAGAUUUGCGGGUUUUUUAUCACUUUAUGUGGAUUGUGGACAGAAGGAAUAUGUUUUUAUUAAUUUUAUAACGUCACCAUUUACUAUCGCCUGAAAAUCGUGCAUUUUAGCCACAGUUGGGAUGGUUUUCUUGCUACCGAUCCACACUCCUGCCCGUCCAAAUGUGAUUGAGAUGUAUUCUUCUUAAUCCCUUAAUGUGGCAUAACCAUAUUGUGCUAUUGCUAAGCGUGUCGGUUCUCGCGCGG